AUGGCUCGGUUCGGGGAUGAUCUGCCAACACGCUAUGGAGGUGGAGGGCCAGCCGGGGCUGGAAGAGGGAGCAGCCGGCAAGGUGGCCCCCAGGCCGGCCAAAGGAUGUAUAAGCAGUCGAUGGCUCAGAGAGCCAGGACUAUGGCUCUCUACAAUCCCAUCCCUGUCAAACAGAACUGCUUCACAGUCAACAGAUCCCUCUUCAUCUUCAGUGAAGAUAAUGUUAUACGGAAAUACGCCAAGCGAAUAACAGAAUGGCCUCCAUUUGAAUACAUGAUUUUAGCUACAAUCAUAGCCAAUUGUAUUGUGCUGGCUCUGGAACAACAUUUGCCGGAUGGAGACAAGACACCUAUGUCAGAGAGAUUGGAUGACACUGAGCCGUACUUUAUUGGAAUAUUUUGUUUUGAAGCUGGUAUAAAGAUCAUCGCUCUGGGGUUUGUUUUUCACAAAGGCUCUUAUCUCCGAAAUGGCUGGAACGUGAUGGAUUUUGUUGUGGUCCUCACAGGGAUUCUGGCAACCGCUGGGACUGACUUUGACCUGCGGACCCUGCGAGCUGUCCGAGUGCUGCGGCCCCUGAAGCUGGUGUCAGGAAUCCCAAGUUUGCAGGUUGUCCUCAAGUCCAUCAUGAAGGCGAUGGUGCCCCUGCUUCAGAUCGGGCUGCUCCUCUUCUUCGCCAUCGUGAUGUUUGCCAUCAUCGGGCUGGAGUUCUACAUGGGGAAGUUUCACAAAACCUGCUUCUCCAACGAGACAGGCGACGAGGUGGGAGAUUUUCCUUGCGGAGAGGAGCCCCCUGCCAGGCAGUGCGAGAUUGGGACCACCUGCAGGGAGUACUGGCAAGGGCCCAACUACGGCAUCACCAACUUCGACAACAUCCUCUUCGCUGUGCUCACCGUCUUCCAGUGCAUCACCAUGGAGGGGUGGACCGACAUCCUCUACAACACAAAUGAUGCUGCAGGAAAUACCUGGAACUGGCUUUACUUCAUCCCUCUCAUCAUCAUUGGCUCUUUCUUCAUGCUCAACUUGGUGCUGGGCGUCCUGUCAGGUGAAUUUGCCAAAGAACGAGAGAGGGUAGAAAAUCGCCGAGCUUUCCUGAAACUCCGUAGGCAGCAGCAAAUAGAACGGGAGCUAAAUGGAUACCUGGAGUGGAUCUUCAAAGCAGAGGAGGUCAUGCUGGCUGAGGAAGACAAGAAUGCGGAAGAGAAAUCUCCUCUGGACGGGAGGGCCGCCUCGGAAGGGCCGAUUCAACAAGGCACGGCACCGGCAGAGACUAGCAGCGGCAGCAGCUACAACAUGUUGAAAAGAGCUGCAAUAAAGAAGAGCAAAAAUGACCUGAUUCAUGCUGAAGAAGGUGAGGACCAUUUCACAGACAUUUGCUCCGUUGGGUCUCCUUUUGCCCGUGCCAGUUUGAAGAGUGGGAAGAACGAGAGCUCGUCCUACUUCCGGAGGAAAGAGAAAAUGUUUCGGUUCUUCAUCCGGCGCAUGGUGAAAGCUCAGAGCUUCUACUGGAUCGUGCUCUGCGUGGUCGCCCUCAACACGCUCUGCGUGGCAAUGGUGCACUACGACCAGCCGGAGAAGCUCACCACUGCGCUGUAUUUCGCAGAGUUUGUUUUUCUGGGUCUGUUCCUUACUGAGAUGUCUUUGAAGAUGUAUGGACUGGGGCCAAGAAAUUACUUCCACUCUUCAUUCAACUGCUUUGACUUUGGGGUCAUCGUGGGAAGUAUCUUUGAAGUUAUUUGGGCUGCGGUGAAGCCUGGUACCUCAUUUGGCAUCAGCGUACUGAGAGCUCUUCGACUGCUGAGGAUUUUCAAAGUCACAAAAUACUGGAAUUCCCUGAGGAAUCUCGUGGUCUCCUUGCUGAACUCCAUGAAGUCCAUCAUCAGUUUGCUCUUUCUGCUGUUCCUCUUCAUCGUGGUGUUUGCUCUGCUGGGGAUGCAGCUCUUUGGAGGACAAUUCAAUUUUCAAGACGAAACACCAACCACAAAUUUUGAUACCUUCCCAGCCGCCAUCCUCACAGUAUUCCAGAUCCUGACGGGGGAAGACUGGAACGCGGUGAUGUACCACGGCAUAGAGUCGCAGGGUGGUGUCCACUCGGGGAUGUUCUCCUCCAUUUACUUCAUCGUCCUGACGUUGUUUGGUAACUAUACGCUCCUGAACGUCUUCUUGGCUAUCGCCGUGGACAAUCUGGCAAAUGCCCAAGAGCUGACCAAGGACGAGGAGGAGAUGGAGGAAGCCACCAACCAAAAGCUCGCUCUGCAGAAGGCCAAGGAAGUAGCAGAAGUCAGCCCCAUGUCGGCAGCUAACAUUUCCAUAGCCGCCAAGCAGCAGAACUCCUCCAAAUCCAAGUCAGUUUGGGAGCAGAGGACCAGCCAGAUCCGGAUGCACAAUUUCCGAGCCAGCUGCGAGGCGCUGUACAACGAGCUGGAUCCCGAGGAGCGGGUGCGUUACGCCACCACCCUCCACAUCCGUCCCGACAUGAAGACGCAUUUGGACCGGCCUCUGGUGGUGGAGCCGAGGGGCGAAGGGAGGAACAACAUCAGCAAGCUGAGCCCUGGAGACGUGCAGGAGGUGGAGCAGAGCAAGGUCAGCUCUGCCGAUGGAGCAGAAGCUCCACGAAAGCAUCACCGGCAUCGGGAUAAGGACAAACUGGGAGAGCAAGAGAAGUGCGAUGUGACCAAGGAGGAGAACGGGGAGUCUGGCACCAACAGUAAGGAGGAGCGGCACCGGCAGCACAGGAGCCGCAGCAAGGAGGUGGAAGGGUGCAGCAAGGAAGGGAAAAGUGACCGCACCAGGGGCCAGGAAGGGGGAAAGAGGCACCACCGCCGAGGGUCGGUGGAGGAAGGUGCCGAGAAGGAGCACCGUAGGCAUCGGACUCACCGGCACUCUGCUGAAAGGCAGGGCAAGGAAGGCAACGGGACGAUCAACGGGGCCCGGGGCGAGCGGCGUUCCCGACACCGGGGAGGGUCGAGGUCUGGGAACCGGGAAGGAGAGCCCUGUUCCAAGGGCGAGAACGGAGAAGAGCCUCACAGACGGCACAGGUUCAGGAACAGGGCGCUGUCGACGUACGAUUCAGUGGAGAAGGAGAAUGGGGAGAAGGAGGGGGAGGCUGGAGAGAAGGAGCACCGGAAUCAUCAGCCCAAGGAGAAUCAGUGUGAGAUCGAGGCUAGUGGAAGCGUGAGCGUCCCCGUGCACACCCUUCCCAGCACCUACCUGCAGAAAGUGCCUGAGCAGCCAGAAGAUGCCGACAACCAGAAGAAUGUGACACGCAUGAUUCAGCCACCUCUGGACAAAACCACCACUGUGAACAUCCCCGUGACCAUCACUGCCCCGCCGGGAGAAACCACUGUCAUACCAAUGAACAACGUUGAGUUUGAAAGUAAAACAGAGGAGAAGAAGGAUGUUGAUGACUUGACAAAAAACGGGCCUAAACCAAUCUUGCCUUACAGUUCAAUGUUCAUCCUAAGUCCUACAAACCCGAUUCGGCGUCUGUUCCACUACAUUGUCAACCUGCGCUACUUCGAGAUGGUCAUCCUCAUAGUGAUAGCCCUCAGCAGCAUUGCCCUGGCUGCAGAAGACCCUGUCCAAGCCGAGUCACCGAGGAACGAUGCUCUGAAAUACUUGGAUUAUAUAUUUACGGGUGUCUUUACCUUCGAGAUGGUGAUCAAGAUGAUUGACUUGGGGCUGUUACUGCACCCUGGCUCCUACUUCCGUGACCUGUGGAAUAUCCUGGACUUCAUUGUGGUCAGUGGGGCCUUGGUGGCAUUUGCCUUCUCAGGAACCAAAGGCAAGGACAUCAACACGAUCAAGUCGCUGCGAGUUCUGCGGGUCCUAAGACCACUGAAGACCAUUAAACGGCUGCCAAAACUGAAGGCCGUCUUUGACUGUGUGGUGAAUUCCCUGAAGAAUGUCCUCAACAUCCUCAUAGUCUACAUGCUCUUCAUGUUCAUUUUUGCCGUCAUCGCUGUGCAGCUCUUCAAAGGCAGAUUCUUCUACUGCACUGAUGAGUCGAAGGAGCUCGAGAAGGACUGCAGGGGUCAGUACCUUGACUAUGAAAAAAAUGAGGUGGAGGCACAGCCCAGGGAAUGGAAAAAAUACGAGUUCCACUACGACAACGUGCUGUGGGCUCUGCUGACGCUCUUCACCGUCUCCACGGGAGAAGGGUGGCCAACUGUAUUGAAGCAUUCAGUGGAUGCUACCUACGAGGAACAGGGUCCCAGCCCUGGCUACCGAAUGGAAAUGUCUAUCUUUUACGUGGUGUAUUUUGUUGUCUUCCCUUUUUUCUUUGUGAACAUCUUUGUGGCGUUAAUCAUCAUCACCUUCCAAGAGCAAGGAGAUAAAGUGAUGUCAGAAUGCAGCCUAGAGAAAAACGAGAGGGCCUGCAUAGACUUCGCUAUAAGUGCCAAGCCACUGACCCGCUACAUGCCUCAGAACAAGCAAUCUUUUCAGUACAAGAUGUGGAAAUUUGUGGUGUCCCCUCCCUUUGAGUACUUUAUCAUGGUCAUGAUUGCACUCAAUACUAUUGUUCUCAUGAUGAAGUUCUAUGAUGCUCCAGAAGCGUAUGAAGAAAUGUUGAAAUGCCUGAAUAUUGUGUUUACGUCCAUGUUUUCAAUGGAAUGUGUGCUGAAGAUCAUUGCCUUUGGUGUGCUGAAUUAUUUCCGAGAUGCCUGGAAUGUCUUUGAUUUUGUAACAGUGUUGGGAAGUAUUACUGAUAUUUUAGUAACAGAGAUUGCGGACACGGACAACUUCAUCAACCUCAGCUUCCUGCGGCUCUUCAGGGCAGCCAGACUUAUCAAGCUCCUCCGCCAGGGUUACACUAUCCGCAUCUUGCUCUGGACAUUUGUGCAGUCCUUUAAGGCCUUGCCUUAUGUGUGUCUUCUCAUUGCAAUGCUCUUCUUCAUCUAUGCCAUUAUUGGCAUGCAGGUAUUUGGAAACAUUGCGCUGGAUGACGAGACCUCCAUCAAUCGGCACAAUAAUUUCCGUACCUUCCUGCAAGCCUUGAUGCUUCUGUUCAGGAGCGCCACGGGGGAGGCCUGGCACGAGAUCAUGCUGUCGUGCCUGAGCAGCCGGGCCUGCGACCCCCUCUCCGGCCUCACCAAGAACGAGUGCGGCAGCGACUUUGCCUAUUUCUACUUUGUGUCCUUCAUCUUCCUCUGCUCCUUCCUGAUGUUGAACCUAUUUGUGGCUGUGAUUAUGGACAACUUUGAAUACCUUACGAGAGACUCCUCCAUCCUUGGGCCCCAUCAUUUGGAUGAGUUUGUUCGUGUCUGGGCUGAAUAUGACCCAGCUGCCUGUUGCCGGAUUCAUUAUAAGGAUAUGUACAAUUUGUUACGUGUAAUUGCUCCACCCCUGGGCUUAGGAAAGAAGUGCCCUCAUAGGGUGGCAUACAAGCGCCUGGUGCGGAUGAACAUGCCCAUCUCGCCCGAGGACCUGACAGUCCACUUCACGUCCACGCUGAUGGCCCUGAUCCGCACCGCCCUCGAAAUCAAACUCGCCACAGGGGGUGUCAAGCAGCACCAGUGUGAUGCUGAGCUGAGAAAGGAGAUCUCGCUGGUUUGGCCCAAUCUGUCCCAGAAGACGCUGGACUUGCUGGUGCCUCCCCACAAACCCGAUGAGAUGACCGUGGGGAAGGUCUACGCAGCACUCAUGAUAUUCGACUUCUACAAACAGAACAAGAACAGCAGGGAACAAGUCCACCAGCCUCCUGGGGGCCUGUGCCAGCCCGGCCCGGUGUCGCUCUUCCACCCCCUGAAGGCCACCCUGGAGCAAACCCAGCCCGCAGCGUUCAGCAACGCGAAGGCGUUCCUCCGCCAGAAAAGCUCGGCAUCGCUCAACAACGGGGGCACGCUGCCACCCCCAGAGGGUGGGAUCAAAGAGUCCAGCUCCUGGGGGACCCAGCGCACCCAGGACAUGUUUUAUGAAACCAGGACACCAGCUUUUGAACGAGGCCACUCAGAAGAAAUCCCUAUUGAGCGGGUGGUGGAAAUGAGGGAAAUCAGCCCCACUCUCACCAAUGGAGAGCACCAGCCGGGUCUGGAGAGCCAGGGGCGGGCGGCUUCCAUGCCGCGCCUGGCUGCCGAAACUCAGAGGAGCAAAGCACGGUCACCUGGGAGUUACCUAGCACCCAUCCCGGACACGAGCCCCAUGAAGCGGUCCAUCUCCACGCUGACCCCGCAGCGCCCGCACGCCAUGCACCUCUACGAGUACUCCCUGGAGCGCAUGCCGACCGACCAGGUGCACCACCACCACCACCACCGCUGCCACCGGCGGAAAGAGAAGAAGCAGAAGUCCUUGGACAGGUCCCCACAUCAGCUGGCCGACGGGGAAGCCGUGGCCCAGUCUGGCGAGUCUUCUUCCAAGGACAAGAAGCAGGAGCGCGGCCGGUCCCAGGAGAGGAAGCAGCACUCCUCCUCCUCCUCCGAAAAGCAGCGCUUCUACUCCUGCGACCGCUACGGCAGCCGGGACCGCUCCCAGCCCAAGUCUGCUGAUCAGAGCAGGCCCACCUCGCCCAACGGGGGGCCGGAGCAAGGCCCGCACAGACAGGGCAGUGGUUCGGUUAACGGGAGCCCCUUGCUGUCGACAUCUGGUGCUAGUACCCCCUGCCGGGGUCGGAGGCAGCUCCCGCAGACCCCCCUGACCCCACGCCCCAGCAUCACUUACAAGACCGCCAACUCCUCGCCCGUCCACUUCACCACCUCCCCGGGCAGCCUGCCCCCUUUCUCCCCGGGACGCCUGAGCCGCGGUCUGUCCGAGCACAACGCGCUGCUGCGCGGGGACCAGCAGCCGCCCCCGGCCGCGGUGGCCCGCAUCGGCUCCGACCCCUACCUGGGCCACCGUGAUGCCGCCGACAGCCCCUGCGGUGCGGCGCCCGAGGACACGCUCACCUUCGAGGAGGCGGUGGCCACCAACUCGGGGCGUUCCUCCAGGACUUCUUACGUCUCCUCCUUGACCUCCCAGUCUCACCAAGCCCGCCGGGUGCCCAACGGCUACCACUACACGCUGGGGCUCAACACGGGCCCCGGCACUGGCGCCCGGGGACGGAGCUACUACCACGAAGCCGACGAGGACGACUGGUGCUAG